CGCCCUCCCUGCUGCCCGCCUGCGCGUCCCGGUCCGACGCGGGGGCCGCUGCCGCCGCUGCCGUCUCUGUGUUCGCCAUGCGUCCCAGGGCGCCCGGGCCACUGUGGCCACUGCCCUGGGGGGCCCUGGCUUGGGCCGUAGGCUUCGUGGGCUCCGUGGGCUCGGGGGACCCCUCGCCCGGUGGUGUCUGCUGGCUCCAGCAGGGCAAAGAGGCCACCUGCAGCCUGGUGCUGAAGACCGAUGUGAGCCAGGCUGAGUGUUGUGCCUCUGGCAACAUUGACACCGCCUGGUCCAACUUCACCCACCCAGGGAACAAGAUCAGCCUCCUGGGCUUCUUGGGCCUUGUCCACUGCCUCCCCUGCAAAGAUUCGUGCGAGGGCGUGGAGUGCGGCCCCGGCAAGGCUUGCCGCAUGCUGGGGGGCCGCCCGCGCUGCGAGUGCACCCCGGACUGCGAAGAGCUCCCGGCGCGCCUACAGGUCUGCGGCUCCGACGGCGCCACCUACCGCGACGAGUGUGAGCUGCGCGCAGCGCGCUGCCGCGGCCACCCAGACCUGCGUGUCAUGUACAGGGGCCGCUGCCGCAAGUCCUGCGCACACGUGGUGUGCCAGCGGCCACAGUCGUGCGUGGUGGACCAGACAGGUAGUGCCCACUGCGUGAUGUGUCGCGCUGCGCCCUGCCCCGCGCCCUCCAGCCCUGGCCAGGAGCUCUGCGGCAACAACAACAUCACCUACAUGUCUUCGUGCCACCUCCGCCAGGCCACCUGCUUCCUGGGCCGUUCCAUUGGCGUGCGACACCCUGGCAGCUGCGCAGGUGCGGGGCGGAGCGGGGAGCAGUGGUGGGCUGUAGGCCCCAGCCCCUCUCCGUACCCGCAUUUCUCUGUUCGUCCCUCCCACUCAGCAGGCACCCCUGAGCCAGCAGAUGUUGAAUCGGAGGAAGAGGAGGAGAACUUUGUGUGACUUAACAGGGUGGCCUGGGCCCGGCGUUCAAGGCCUCCCCCAUUUUAUUUAUUGCCAGAGCAAAGCCUAAUUUAUGUCCCAUGGACACUCCCCAGAGCCAGGACCGGACCACUUGCGGGAGCCCUGGACCCUUCCCCGCAACCAAAUCUUGGAAGAACUGGGGGGAGGAGGCCUGGGAGCAGUGCUGGUAGGUGAGCCCUCCAUUCCAAACACCCUAUUACUGUUCAAGAGGACCCUGCUUCUGUUCCCUCGGGAAUAACUAUUAAUUAUCACUGCCACUGAGAGGGCUGGGAGUUCUUUGCCAGCAAUUAAUGAAAAGGCACCCUAGUCUUCUAGAACAGGAACCAAGGGAUAAGGAAGGGUCCACAACCUGGGUGCAUAUACAUGAACCUCAGAACAUGCUCAGAACCCUGGACAGGCCAAGGAAGCAGUCUGUCCCCUAGCAACCCAAGUAUUCAGGGCUCUCCUUCCCCACUGCCUCCAUGAACCGAGUAGGUCCAGUAAAGGCCCCUGAGAAAAGCCCAGCUUAUCCCCUGAUGGGGGAGGCACUGUCUAUGCCUCCUGACACAAGCCUCAGCUCAGUAUUAGCUCCGAACAGGACCCAUUCCACUUCUGGUGAGAUCUCCUGGGGCCCAGGAGCCCCUACUCACCCGGUGGGAUGUAGACACCAAGGCCCACUGCACACCUGGCCUCCUGGAGCUAUGUGUCUGAACAGCACCCCUAGUGCCUGCUGACCCGUCCACAGGUGAGGUCCAGACGCAGGACCCCCUGCUAUCAUGAGGCCCACUCUUGGGUCUCUAGGCCCAGUUCCUAGGUGAACCCUCUUUGUCCACCAGCUGGGCUCAGGGUUCUCAACCCCAGCCAACGCUAGCCUAGGGCCAAUUCCCUGCAUUCCUGGGCUGUCACUCAAAGCCACCUCCUUGUGCCUUUGUGUAGACCAGAGGAUCAGACCAGAUAUGGGAAUUCAGCUCCUCAAGUUUGGGGCAAGGAGCUCAGGGGGCAGUGUGCCCACCAUCUCCCAGCCCCCAGGAAGUGCCUUACCUAUGUCACCCAGAAAAGUGUCCUUGAGUAGGUGCGUUUGCCCAAGCCACCCAAUAAUAAGGCAAUUUUCCUCACCCUGGGGUCCUGCCUCACCAAAGAAAUAAAGAUUGUAAAAAGCCA